AUGCCAUGUUUGGCGUUGGGGGUGUAUCAAAACUAUACGACGCACGAGUCGGUCCUUGAAGCCUUUCGUGCUGGUUACAGACAUGUGGAUACCGCGCAAGCGUAUCGUAAUGAAGCGGCCGUUGGUUCGGCAUUUCGGGAAAGCGGGCUUAAACGCGACGAUGUCUUCAUCACGACCAAGUGUAUCAGCAAGACGCACGGGUACGACAGCACCUCGCGCACGGUCGAACUCUCCCUAGCGCGCCUGGAGCUAGAAUACAUUGAUCUUUACCUCAUUCAUGACCCUUUCAAAGGCACCGAUCUCCGCCUCCAAACAUACCGUGCCCUCCUCGACGCGCAACGCGCGGGGAAAAUCCGAUCGGUGGGGGUGUCCAACUUCGGCAUCAAACACCUGACGGAAAUCAGGACGGCGGGCCUCCCUAUGCCCUCGGUCAACCAGAUUGAGUUGCACCCCCGCUGCCAACAGCGACCCAUCGUUGACUACUGCCGAGAGCACGGCGUCAUCGUCCAGGCAUACUCCCCUUUAAUUCGUGGUCAGCUUGAUGACCCCGUGUUCGCACAGUUGGCACAAAAGCGUGUCCGGAUAGACCCGGCGCAAGUACUCCUCCGCUGGUCCCUGCAGCACGGCUUCGUGCCACUGCCGAAGUCCGCGACGCCUGCCCGCAUUCGGUCCAACGCGCAGCUGUUCGACUUCGCGCUCGACGAAGCCGACAUGGCUGCGCUCGACGCUCUCGACCAGGGCGCCGCAGGCGCGGUGACGUGGAAUCCGAUCGACGCGGAGUAA